GCCUUUGGAAAGUACUGAACUUUGGUCGUCCAGUCGACUUGAGCUGAAACUGCCUGUCUAUUGUGUCAUCGGGAAGUACUCAACUUUGGUGGUCUACAGUCAUUAAUCGGGGCCAGUUGUUACUCGAUUAUUUGCCGCAAUUCUCCUCUCGAUCAGUUUUCGCCGUGGACAAUCUGCGACGACUACUCACUGGGGAUCGAGCGACCGUAUCAAGUGGAAUUCUUCUGUAUCUGCGCUGCUGAAUUCCAGAUGUUCCUGCUUCCCGCAAGGACUUGAAAGCAGUUUGAAAGGCAUGCCUAAGGAGGUCAAUCGCCUCGAUGCUGGACGAAGAGUUUGAGAGUCCAGAGAAACUUAAUCGAGCUUUGGGAGUCGAUGUGGAGAGCAGCAGAUGUGAAGGUUUCGUUGGAUCCAGUCCAUCACCCUACAUUGCGGAAGGAUCUGCCGAUUGUUGCCCGGAAUGGGAAAACAACGCCAAAGUCACCGCUACAGCGGUCAAUUCCGACACCGGACAGGGGCACUAUGGGAUAUCCUAUACUGCUCGCCCAAUCAAUAUUGACGCAAGUGGGGAGGCAAAUGUUCAAGUUGAGGGAAACGAGAAGGAUCAAGUGUUUACAGAAGAUAUCGAUGAUCAAACACUUCCUGAUAGUCUCGAACGAGGGUCCGCUGUCAUGACAGAAGACCAUGACAGGGUAGUGAGUGUUGAAGAGAAUUGUGACCAAGAUAUUCUGGAAGAAAAGGAUUUGGAAGCAACUAGUAGCAUAUCGGAAUACAAUUCACUUACUGGCAGAGAUUCCGAUGAUGAUGACAGUUCUAUGUUUGGUGCGAGUCCAUCCAAAUACUUCCAGGCAUUGAGUAAAACUAAUAGCACUUGCGACCAGUUUUUCAACUCCGAAGACGAAUUAGCGUUUGGGUGCAGUGAUUGGAGCGAGUACGUUCAUCAGAUUGGGGGCGAGUUGGGUUCUUCUUUUGUCGAGCUUCAAGAGGCGAGGAAGGAUUUACAUCCAGUGCUUGGAGUAGGACCUCCGUUGGAUAGGUUUCUCGAUGACUCGGAGGACAAAAGUAUUGAUGCUGGUGAAGAUGGAGAUAGGUCAGACGGUGAUCUGCCACCGGAGGAGGUUUCUCGAGUAAGGGGCGCCGGUAGACUUGAUCUUGACGACGGUGAUGAAGAUGUCACUGCCGCGGACGGAGAAAGUUCUCUUACUGGUCCUGCGUCUUUUUCCACAACUUUACCGGCCUUUCACUCAAAUGAGGGAUGUGGGAUAGCUUUGUUCGGAGAGGAUGAAAAUACGAUUGACUACGACGAUUUUUGGGACCUUACGUCAGGGUCUCACCUAACGUCCUUGAGAGACGCAACUGACGACUCCUUAGGAGUUCAUGGAGAGGUCGAGGAGCACAUUAUUGAAGAGCUUAAGAUUUUACCUUCCCAGGAGGACUUUAGUGCAGAAGCACAUGGAUUGCCUAAUAACCUUAGAGAGUCAGGCGACUUUAGUUUGCUUGUUCAAGAAAGUGUGGAACCAAUGUCGGAAGCGGGGAAUAAGAUAGACUUGCAAGUUCGAACUCUAGACGAGAAUUCCGUAUCUGGAAUAGCUUGUCAUACAGGACUCAAACUCAAAGUGGAUGUUAAUCGUACAAGGGAAACGCCUAAAUUGCAACAAGUGUCAGCAGAGAGUCAUCUCCUGGAAGAUGUCGCUCCAGGAAUUUCUGUCGGAGAUCACUGCAAAAACGGGAGUCGCAUCGUAGAUCUUGGCCUGAAGGCAGCUGACAUCAUCCAGGACCAGGUGCAUUGCACAUCUCUAUCACCGGGGAAAGUCGUAGGCUCGGCGCCGUCAACACCAGGAAAAUCCCUUGAAGAUGAGAGUAAGCGAGCAGGUGUGGAUUGGGCCGAAGAGGAUCUGGGGCCUGACGAGCUCUCAAGAUAUGUAGAGGCACUGGAAGUCAAGGAGACCUACAUAGACACUGUGCUGGAUAUGGAAGACGUCCUUUUCGACGGGGAGGGUGGAGGUGGCAGUCGAACUUUUCAAGUUGGAAAGGUCACGUCACCCGGUUUCGUUCGUCCAGUUCGAGAUGGCAGCCUGAGCGCUUCCACAUCAAGUGUUCUGGCAUUGGCCUCGAGACAGAUCUCUCAUCCCACGCGCCUGCUGAGCGACGUAGACUGGGUCGAAGUGGUGGGUGCUGUACAACGUCAUGGCGGUGCUUCUCUGGGAGAGCGAGUCGUUGGCGUCAAGCAACACACGGUAUAUCGUAUAAAGGUGAAGGGAGGUGGCAAUGAAUGGGAGAUUCAAAGAAGAUAUCGAGAUUUUGUUGUUUUGUACAGUCAGCUUCAAAGCUUGUUUGCUCUUGAUAAGCACGUCAGUCUUCCACCACCCUGGGAGAAAGUUAAACAGGAGUCACGUAAGUAUUUUGGAAACACCUCGCCAGAUGUGGUGGAAUUACGGAGUGCUCUCAUUCAAGUUUGCUUACAGUCUCUUAUCAGAGCUGGACCGCCUUUGAGUACUGCUACUCCUCUGCAGCGAUUUUUAUUCCCUGUCGGAGAGGGUAGUCAAAUCAGUGUUACUGGUGGGGGACUUCCUGACAAGAGUGUUGUACAGGACCAAUCGGGAUCAACGUUGCCCCUGCAGGAGUUUGGACUUGACUCACCAAAAUCCGACAUCUCGAGUAAUGCACCUGAUCUUGAGGAUGACGGAACCCAGUCUUCAGUUUUAGGGAAAACCAUAAGAUUGAUUGUACAGAUCCACAAGAAAAAGCCUUUGCGACAGCAGCUUCAGGCACAACAUUAUACCUGUGCUGGUUGCUACAAGCGUCUGGAGCUGGCCCUGGGAAUUGUCCCAGAACUUGUACAAAAUUGGGGUUGGAGGGGACCAAGACUUUGUGAAUACACCGGUCAAUUGUUCUGUUCUACUUGUCACUUGAAUGAAACGGCUGUCUUGCCAGCAUGGGUUCUGCAGCGGUGGGAUUUUACUCCGCGCCUUGUUUCGCAACUUGCAAAAGCUUACUUGGACUCAAUAUAUGAUAAGCCGAUGUUGUGUGUUAGUGCCGUCAAUCCAUAUUUGUAUGCAAGGGUACCAGUUCUCGCACAUUUGACAGAGAUGAGAAGAAAAAUUAACAAGAUGCUGGCUUGCAUCCGCUGUCCGGCCCGCACAAGAAUUCAAACGAUGCUCGGCUCCCGUCGGUACCUCUUGGAGAACAAUGACUUUUGCGCCCUUCGUGAUCUUGCGGACUUGUCCAAGGGUGCGUUUGCAGUCUUGCCUGGAUACAUGCGAGCCGUCCUUUUGAAGCUGUCGUCCCACAUAACCAGAGAGUGUUUUCUUUGUCGAGAGCUUGGAGAGCCUUGUGGUGCCGGGGAGUUGUGCUACGACGAGUACGACGUCAUUUACCCACACCAGGACGAACUCAUCGUUAGAUGUCCCUCAUGUCAGCAUCCUUUCCAUAAAAGGUGCUACGCCAAAUGCCAGAAAUGCCCUUCCUGCAGAGGACAACCGGAGCUGAAACGAAAUGAUUCUUUGCUCACCGUUCAGCAACAUGGUGAGCAUGCGGGUGAAUUUAGUGCAAGUAAAGCUUCUCCGGAACCGCUGAAAAGGACAGAGUCUCUGACUUCACCUGCUAAUCCCAGAGAGAAUAAGUCAUCAACAAGAAGAAGUCUUUUCGCAAAUUUUCUUGGUUCAAGAGAAGCUCGAAGUCCGGAGCAGAAGAAAGAGAUAAUAAAUAUGAAUCCCCUUUCUAGUCCUAUAGAAUUGUAACUAGUUUAAGCACGAGCUUUACUGCCCGCUUGUAUACUAAUCCUAACAACAUUCAAAGCAUUGAUUUGAGUCCUAGAAACUUGCUGUUGUAAGGGUGCAAAAUUUUGCUUGUAUUGCAGGCUUGCCCAUGUAUCAAUUUUCCCGGAGCAGGCACCCAUCAGUUUUGCGUUUGAUUUGCUUGAAUAUCCGUGCUUUCACAACUGUAAGGUUUACGUAAUUUGUGCCGUUGAAUUUCCUUCCGAAUGCCUUCCUUGUGCUUCGACAGAGCAUACUGUACAUUCUCUGCACGAGAAAGGACGAAUGAAGUUUUGUAAGUAAUUUGUGCAACGCCUUGUAUUCAUUCUCAAAGUGGGUGUAUGAACGAAGAUUCCUGAGCGAAAUAAGUGCUUGUCAGAGUCUUUCAUCUGUGGUGCUAAUCUUAG